AUGCCAUCUGCAGAGGAGGUCCGACAAGGCCUCGUCGGAACCUGGAAACUAAUAUCCUUGAUAAGCAAGCCAGUCGACACAGAAGGUCCUAUCGGGUACCCCCUUGGCAAAGAUGCCCAGGGAUACCUCUUCUAUUCAGCUCAAGGGUACAUGGCCGCUACACUCAUGUCUCCUGGAGCGAAAGAAUAUACCACACCAGACCCUUAUAAUGCCUCAGAUGUUGAGGCAGGCGAGGCAGCUCGCAACUUUAUGUCCUACUCUGGACCGUUUGAGGUCUUUUUGCAAGAUGGGCAAUCAUUUGUGAAGCAUCAUACGGAUGUGUCGCUUGUUCCUAAUUGGGCUGGGAAGCAUCAAAUCAGACAGGUUGAUUUGAAUGGGGAUGAGCUUGUUUUGUCGCCUGAUCGUCCUUGGGAGUUGAAUGGAAUCAUGGUUAAUCAGUAUCUGACAUGGAAACGACUUUGA